AUGCCACCCAAAAUUCGAAAGCCUCCACAAUUGCUCGACGAACACAUCGCCAAUGCUAGGAAACACUUUCUUGAAGCGGACAACUCCCCAAAGGUUGGAAACAGAAAGUCAGUUCGUUCCCUAUAUCCUCUACAUAUUCUUUGCUGGUUGACCCACAAAUGGUGUCUUGAUGUUAGGUUGAGGCAAACUUGUGAUGAUGGAUCCAUCGACAAGCUUGCUAGCAAACACACACCCGCUCCCGGCCAGACUGCGACCAAUGAGACCAGGCAAUUGGUGAAGCUUGAGGUGGAAGAGGUCAAACGUAGCCCGGUCCCUACGUAUCAAUCCUUAGGUAUAUCAGAUCUCCAUCAGAACGAGUUUGCACCGCCUGCAGACGCUGAGGCUUUGAUGAGCACAAAUAGCAUAUACUUUCCCGGUCGAAGAGAGUCCCAGUCCAAUCAAUUAUUGGACCCUGCGCACCCUGAUUAG